AUGGGGAAGAUCACCUUCUAUGAGGACCGCGCCUUCCAAGGGCGCCGCUACGAGUGCAGCAGUGACCACCCCAACCUGCAGUCCUACUUCAGCCGCUGCAACUCCAUCCGCGUGGACAGCGGCUGCUGGAUGCUCUACGAGCGCCCCAACUACCAGGGCCACCAGUACUUCCUGCGGCGCGGGGACUACCCCGACUUCCAGCAGUGGAUGGGCCUCAGCGACUCCAUCCGCUCCUGCCGCCUGAUCCCCCAUCAGACAAGCAGCCACCGCCUGAGGCUGUACGAGAGAGAGGACCACAAGGGCCUGAUGAUGGAGCUGAGCGAGGACUGCUCCUCCCUCCAGGACCGUUUCCACCUCAGUGAGGUCCACUCCCUCCAUGUGCUUGAAGGCUACUGGGUCCUCUAUGAGAUGCCCAAUUACCAGGGUCGGCAGUACCUGCUGAGUCCCCAAGAGUACCGGAAGUACCACGACUGGGGGGCCAUGGAUGCGAGGGCGGGCUCUUUGCGGAGAGUGACGGAUUUGUACUAA